AUGCCUCUCAAUCCAUUCAAAUCAAAAGGGCCUAUCAAUCAUAACCUAACCGAAGAGGAAGAUCAUGAUACUAUUCAUGAGGAUGGAUUAAAAUUGUUGAACGACACCGAUGAAUUACAAAUUAAUUAUCAGUGGUGUUCAAUUGUAAAUUAUGGAUUUCCUGAACCUCAAUCAAAUGAUGAUCCUGAAGUUUAUCAAGCCUAUACACAAUGGAUUAAAUCAAAAAGAGAAAAAGUCUAUGAAGAAAGUUCAAAAGCGUGGAAACAUUAUAUUGAUGAAUGUGGUGGAAUUCAAGGAAAAUUGUUAAAAUCGGACUCUGCAAGGAAAACAGUCAAGGCACUGGUAAGAAAACAUUCAAUUCCAUCUUGGUAUAGAAGACAUGUUUGGAUUCAAAUAACGGGAGUGGAUAAGAAAAUGAAGGAAAACAGAGGAUAUUACAAGAAGAUUCUCGAAGUUCACAAGGGUCAAACAUGUCCGAAUGAAGCUCAGAUAGACUUGGAUUUGUGUAGAACUUUCCCUUCACAUCCAUUUUUCUGUAAUAGUCACUCAAUAGGAAGAUCACAAAUGAAGAAUGUAUUGACAGCAUUCAGUUGGAGAAACCCUUACGUAAGCUAUUGCCAGAGUUUGAACUAUAUUGUCGGAAGUUUAUUAUUGCACUGUGGAGAGGAAGAAGCUUUUUGGCUCUUAGUAACCUUACUCGAAGACAUUUUACCAGCAAAUUAUUAUAAUCCAGAACUUACUGGUAUGAGAGUGGAUUCUUAUGUUUUGGACGAACUAAUCAAGGAAAGAUUACCAAAACUUCAUGCUCAUUUACAUAAAUUUGGAGUAGAGACAACGGCAUUUGCCAGUGGAUGGUUCAUGAGAUUAUUUAUUGAGGUUUUCCCUAUUGAGACAUCGAUGAGAGUUUUAGAUUUAGUUUUCAGUGAAGGAACAAAAAUACUUUUCAGAGUAGCAAUGUCAUAUCUCAAAUUGCAUGACACUGCACUUGAACAAAGAUUACACAUGGGAGAAGUAUUGCACUAUUUGAAUCACAGUACUAGAAGACUGUACGAUCACUCCAUACUAUUCAAGCAAUGUUUCUCAUUUUAUAAUUUAAAGAUUAAGCAAAUUACAGAGUAUCGAGAAAAGUUUACAGACAUUGUCGAUGCCGAAUCAAAAGAAAUGGAGAGGAGAAGACGUGAAUUAAGGAAAAGAGAAGAAGCCAAAAGAAAACAAAUUGAAGAGCAGAAUUUGGAAGAGAGAAAACAAAGUCUCUCUAACGGCACUGAACAGGAUGGUGAAGAAUCUGCUGCAAGUGAGGAAGUGGAGCGACAACAACAACUCAAGGGGGCAAAAUAUAACGACUCUGAUGAAGAAGAAUUGAGUCUCGACUUGGACUCUGAUGAAUUGGGAGGGCAAGAUGACACCCUCGAUGAUUUGUCUGAUAACGAUUCUGAGUAUCAUCUUGGAACAGGUACUAAAAUUACCUUCAACUUGCAGAAUAAUAAGGAACAUGGUGAAGUUGAACAAUUGGAUCAAAUCGAAGAGUUGGAAAAGCAAAUAGCCAUGAUGAAAAUGGAUCAAAAGGAUGAAGAUAAAAGUAAUCAAACUCUACAAAGAAUCCUUACCGAACCAAUUUUUACAGAUGAAUUAAGUUUAGGAAAAGAGUUGGAUGAUUUUCUUGAGGAAUUAGAUAUCCAUUCAUCAGCAAAUGAAACGAGUACCGUUUCCAAAUCAAUAGAUGAUAAAAGUAAGAAGGACAUAACAAAGAGUAUUCUUAAAAACGAGAAAUUAAAGGCGAUGAGCACAGAAAUAUACAAACCUUCGGUUAACGCUAAGGUAGGAAAAGUGGUAUCGAUAAGAGUUUCAAAGAAGUACACAGCCUUUGGAACAGAUCGUGGCUUAAUUUUAAUAUUCAGCUCUGACGACCAAGAGUUGAAAUGUAUUCUCGGAAACACAACAGGAGUGGAAAAUGUAUCGACAGGAAAGGUUUCAUCACUAAGCUUUUCAUUCCAAGAGGAUUGGUUAGUAGCCGGUUACGAAAAGGGUGUUAUUAUUGUUUGGGAUGUUCUUAAGGCAAGCGUUAUCAAGAGAAUAGACGAUGCUUUUACUUCACCUGUUGUAAAUGUUGCUUUCCUUACUGAUAUGUAUUCAAUUAUUGCCUCCGAGUUGUUUUCUAGUACUCUUAAAUGUUUUGCUCUUUCUAAGGUUCUUUUCAGAUAUAGUUACAGUUUAAUGUUUCAAAUGUCUGUUGGUGAUGACCCAAUCAUUACGUUUGCAGUCAUUCCAAAGGAUUCUUCCAAAUCUUAUCUUGCAGUAGGUACAAGAAGUGGAAAGUUGUUACUCUAUUCGAUGGGAAAAACUCUUGUACCUGAUGGAGAUCCUGUCUCGUUUGGAUAUCCUCUCUAUGGAAAAGGGUUAUUGCCUUAUCUUGCUUUGGCAAAUUCCAGUUCAAACUCAAAGACUGGUAUUGUGGCAUUUGCAUAUGGGAAAGAUGUGCACAUAAUAGAUAUAUCUAAAGAUGGAAAAAAGGAUAUUAUUUUCAAUUCUGAAUUAACAUCUGAUGUUUGUGGUUUGGGAUGGUUUGAUGAAAAAAGUCUUGUUGUCAUGACUGCUGACCAAGAAGUUUUAUUAUUUGAUGUAAGGGUUGAUGAUACAUCAGUAAUUGAAACGGAAGAUAUCACAUUUACAAACCCAUUGGACCAUUAUGCUAUGCAAGGAUCCAAACACUCCAGUUAUGAUAUCAAUUCAAGAGGAUUUGUUGUUCUCGGAGAACAUGGUUUGGUAAAGAUUUCUAUCAAACCUUGGGAGGAGAGAAUUUAUCAAUUAUCAGAUGCUGGACUGUGGAAAGAAGCUCUGGAACUCACUCACGAAUUUUAUACUGGAAAAGGAAAAUGUGUGUUUGGACUUCCUGCCGAUGCAGCAUUGGAUAUUUUAGCCGCAAAAACAGUUGGACUUGUAACUGAGUAUUUACGAUUGAGCCUUACAGGUUCAGAAUAUAAGGAUGACUAUAUUUAUAAGCUUGUUGGAUCAACAUGUAUUGACAAUUGUAUGAAAGUUGGAAGAGAAGAUGUAGUUUUUAGUGCAGUCCAUACUACAUUUGAAGAAUGUGGAAAGACACAGAUUUUCUUGGAAUUGUUAGAACCAUUUAUUCUGUCUGGAGCAUUAAAGAGUAUUCCAUGGCCAAUUUUCCAAGGCUUCAUUUCAAAUUUCAAGACUCAACAAGAAAGACUUGAUACAUUGAUUAUGAGAUUGGAUCUUCAACAAUAUAAUAUGUAUGAUAAGAUUAUUCAAUUUUGCAGAGAAUGUUCACUUCUGAAAACUUAUGUACAUGUUACUAAUAUUUACCAAAGAGAAUAUGUAGAACCUCUUGAAAGAAUACUUGAAGAAUAUGGAGAAAGCCGUGAAAGAGAAGUUGCAGAAGUAAUUCUCUACUUCUUUGAGAGAUACCUAGUUGGUAAUGUUCCAGAACAUGAGGAUUUGGUUACUGAUAUCAAGAAGGAUGUUGUCGAUUUUAUAUUUGAUGAGGAAGAGGAUGGUGACAGAGAUCCAACAUCAGCCUUCCACUCCAUUGUCAGGCACUAUCCUGAAAAGCUAUUUGAUGUUCUUGAAAUAGCAAUGAAUGAUGAUUCAGCCACUAAUCCAUGGGAUGAAGACUUUACCCAAGAAAACCUUAUUGAAUACAUUUUGAGACUCCAACUGCCCCAUCAAUUUAUGAAACAUCCAAGUUUCUAUGAUGGAAGAAUUGCUUUCUUCUCUUUCUAUGCUAAGUUUUUAGCAAAGGGUAUACUUAAAGCUGAAGACUAUAAUAUCCUUCUUGUAAUCUUUACCUUCCUUUCAGAAGAUAUUUUGAGAAGACUUAGGAAUUGCACUGACGAUAAAGAAAAACAAAGAAUUUUGUCCCUCAGAGAGGAUAGAGAAGAAAGAUUUAUUGAAAUCCUUGAAAAGAGAAAAACCUAUUAUGAUAAGACCAAAUUCAUGGAACUUGCAAAAAGAUUUGAUCUUUACAAACUUGCCAAGUUUUUCAUGUCUAGCACCCAAAAAUAUCAGUGGUAUCUUGAAGUCAAUUUAAAGAGAUUGUUCGAGAUUACUUGGUCUCAAAUUCCAGAGCUUGCCGAAACUUUGGUUGUUGACUUGUCGUUUUCUAAUGCUUGCCAUCAACACGUAGUCAUGACAAUACAAAAAUUACUUGACGAAGAAAGGGAUCCAGAACGAUAUAGAACUCUAAGAUUUUUCUUCUAUUGUUAUAUUACUUCCUUAUUAUUGGAUCCAACUUCUGAGAAUGGUUCUUUGAAUAUGAAUGAAGUUGCUAAAAGGGGUAUCUCUGUGGAAGAGUUAACCUACACAUACUUGCAAAUGGUUUGCGACUUUGAAGACAAUAAGAAAGUUAAGGAGUAUUUACAACAACAAGGAUCCGGCCUUGAUGUUGAUAAAUGUAUGAAAAUAUGUAAGGAUGUUCCAGAAGCAAAAUCUUUCCUUCUCGAAAGAACUGGAGAAGUCAAACAUGCAUUGAAUGAAAUUUUGAGAGAAUUAGAACACACUGUUGACCUUCUGAAAUUAAAGUUAAUUGAUGAAGUUUCCAGAAAAAGAAAUGCUGCUUUUGAGAAGAACUUUGAUGAGAUUAGUAAGGAUUUCAACUUGAUCACAGAUGACCCACCUGUUUAUUGUCCAAAUGAACCAAUUAUCGAACAAAUGAAGGUUUUACAACAAAAACCAAAAAUCAAACUCCCUAAAGUAACUUUGAAGGAAGGUUAUGAUGCUGGAGAAAAAGCAGAACUUACUGAUGUGCUAACUUGUCAUGAAUCCAGAAAUCUGGUAAAAGAACUCAAGACUGCUAUUAACUUGUGCUGCGAAAACAGUGAAAGAAAAACUCUGGAUGAUAGUGAAGUUAGACAAUUAUGGUUCAGAUUGUUGAAUACCUUUGUUUUACUUCAAAGAAAGUUGAGAUAUGGAUUUUUAGAAGGAAAACCUCUGAGUGUUAGUAAGAGAGAGGAAUCUUCAGUUUUUCAAAAGAAAAUUGUUGACAGUGAAGGUUUUGAUGAGUUCGAUUUGGAGGAUACCCAACUUGAUGAAUUUGAUAUCAUCAAGGAAGAAAUUGUCGAUACAAACACUGAAAUUAUCAAGAUUGAGAAAGACUUGAAUGCUGAGAGAGAGUUGCAUGACCCAGAUGAGGAAAGAAUCGAAAGACUCCAAAUUAAAUUAAAAAAGAAAAAGGAUCACAUUCAUAAUCUCCAAAUGCAAUUGAAGAGUUUGGAAGAAAAGGAAAAAUUAGAAAAACAACUCGAAGAAGAACGAAAUAAUGAUCCAACAGCUCCUCACAACAUUCAAAAAUUGGCUAAUCUUUGGUUACAAAGAUGUAAUUCAUUGUAUAUUAGAAUAAUACUUAGUGAGAUGAUGAGAUAUGUGGAUAUUCCAUCAAUCUUGAAUGAUAUUGUUACUGAGCACGAUAGUGAUGCAUUCGGUAAUGUUAAGGUAACAAUUAUGAGAUUAUUAGAUAAUUAUAGCUACGAAAGUGGAUUGUUAAAGCAAUCCAAUGAACUAAUUUCUUAUGACAUUUUCAAUAUUGGAAAUCAACUACACAGAGAUUUGAAUAGUGCCCUAAAGCCUAACAGUUUAUACUGCUUCCUUUGUGGAAACCCACUAGGUAAGAAAACCAUGGAAGAAUCAAGUAUGUGUAGAAUAUUCCCUUGCGGUCAUGCAUUCCAUGUAAAUUGCAUCGGUAUUAAACAAGUGGCAUGUGUGCAUUGUGAAAAUAAGGAUGAGAAAGAAUUGAUACAAAUCGCCAAGACCAGUCGCACCUACAUUAUGGAAGGCAGAAAGGUUAAUGAAGAGGAAGUACGUGGAAAGUUCUUUGAUUUCCAUCAAGUAAAGUCUACUGUAGAUAAAGCCCUGGAUAAGAGACCACCAAUAGACUUGCUAGAUGAUUUAUCAUUGAAGAAGAAGGGUGGUAAUGCCAAGAAGAAGAAUGCAGCUGAUAUUGCUUUGGAACAAUUGAGUGCUCCUUCAUCAUCUUCAGUUACCAGGUUAACUGGUGUAAAGAUUCUACAGUUAGCUCCUGAAAAUCUUGGAAAUGGAAGAUCCAACAACAGGUCUAAUGCUAAUAAGGUAACACUUGUAGCUAUUGAUGAGCACGCAGAAGAUGAAAUUUUAACUCGAGACAGAACAAGUACAUUAACCCAACAAAAAACAAAAAGAAGAAUUGGACCUGUUCAAAAAAUCACAAUUGUUGAUUUUGAAGAAAUUGUUAAAGAAAUUGAAGAAAUGUAUGAUUAA